GACGUCUAAGCAUAACACAUUCAGCUCUUCGGUCAAGAAGUCCAAACAACACAAAACCAGCAAAAUGUUCAAACUGAUUGCCCUCAUCUCUGCCCUGUGCGCCGUGGCCAAUGCCGGAGUAAUCUCGCCCUACAGCCAUGGAUAUGGACUGGGAUACGGCGCCGCCUUGGCUCCGGCUUAUGCCGCUCCGGCUGUGAUCUCGCACGCCCCGAUCAUCAAGAGCUACGCCGCUCCCAUUGUCGCCCACCCGGUGGCCACCUCCUAUGCCAACACCUACAAGGUGGCCACCAAGGCCAUUCCAGUGGUCCAUGCCGCUCCUCUGGUCCAUGCCGUGCCUGCUCUGCACUCCACCUCCACCUACCAUGGAUCCUAUGGCGGCUACGGUAGCUACGGUCUGGGAUACGCCGGCUACGGACACGGAGCCUACCUGCACUAAGGAUCUGGAUGUCGGAAAGGAUACCAGCCCCCCGUUGACGACCCCGAUUGAAGUGAGAACAUUAAGCGGAUAAUUCGCAUUUUGCUGCCGUCAAAGUGUUGAAUUUGCAUUUCGUAGUCAGAAGCGGAAAUACAAAUUGUGUACAAAAUCCCUCAAAAACCCAGACACCCACUUGGAGACAGAGACAACUAGAGAACUAAGGACAACUAACGGGAGGCGGCGAGAGCGAGAGAGAUUGAUGAAGGAUCAAGUUUCGUUGAUUUUGUUAUUAUGGUGCAACUCCAUGCAUUGUGGCUUCAUAACAUUUUGUAAAUAAACGAUAAAUGACUCUUUAAACG